AUGAUCGGUUCGCGUAUUGAGUUAAUUACUUCCGAGCGAGGGAAAGAGUUAGCUUUAGUAAAUUUAUAUAAACACAGAUUUGUUGGUUAUCGUAAAAAAGACGGUGCUCUGAAAUGGAGGUGUUCAACUAAUAAAAAUUGUACGGCGAUCAUUUUUUCUACGCCUGAGAAGAUACUUGUUUGCGACGUCUCUGGCAGCCAUAACCAUGAUGCAGAUCCUCAAUCAAAAUUAGAUAGGCAAGUUUUGAGAGAAAACUGCAAACGAAAGGCAGAAGAAUCUAUUUCAUGCAGGCCAGUAAAAAUUAUUAGAACAGAAUUACUUAAAACACAAUUGGCUAUUAAAUGUUCAGAUAUUACAUCGGUAAGAAAGGCUAUGUACGAUAAACGCCGAAAAAUAAUGUCCUCGCUACCCAAAUCGCUAAACGAAGCUUUAGAACAGCUAAGAAAUUUACAAUUAGAUGAUAGCUUUAUGUACAAAAACCAACAAUUUAUUCAUGCUCCACCAAAUGAACAAUUUGUUUGUAUAACAACGGCUAAUAAUAUUUCAUUUUUAAUAAAAAAUUGUACCGAAUUAUUCGGUGAUGGUACAUUUGAGUAUUGCCCUAAAUAUUUUAUGCAGCUAUACACAAUACACGGGUUAAAAAGGGAGUACACUGGAGCGAUUUUGACGCGCUGUGAAAACGCGCGUGUAUCGCCCGAGUACCACGCGUCAUUUUAA